AAUCAAUAAAGCAAAUCGUAAACUAGUAAAGGCUGUACCAAAACAAUAUUGCUCGAUGCGUGACUCAAGGUACAAGAUAAAUGAGCUACAUAUUUAUUAAAAGUGGUGUCGUCGACAGUGAGACCUGUGUUAUCGUAUCGAACGAGAUGCGAGCGACUCGUAUGCGCCGACGUCGCUCUCUCAUAUCGCGCUUAAUUUUACAACCUGACUAUUACUCAGGUUUUUGGAAACUACAGACGAAUAACUACGGAUUAAACGUAUAGUCGCCUGCGGGUGGCGGUGGCGUACAGUGAAGUGUGUGAUAUAAGCAGUGAGCCCGAGAACUUUUACUGACUCUCACUUUUCUGGGCAUAAGUGAACAUGAUUACGAGUACUGAAAACAUCAGCUGUGUCCACGAGUUCACCAGGUCCAAUAUACUGCUGACGGGCUUUCAGAAGCAGGCAACAUGGAAGGAGCAACCGAAAAAAAUAAUAAAAUACGCGAAGAAUAUAUUGCGUGAGACUACAGUCGAACCAUGUUUGUUUAUUUACAUGUUGUGCACCGCUAUAUCAUCUUUAGCUGUCAUGAAUAUGCACCUGGACAAAGCCUGCAGGGUAAAUUUCGAUUAUGGUGAUGAUAUUUGUGAUCGUAUCGCUAAAAGAAAUACUACUGGUCUCGAUAAAGAAGAAAAAGAAAUUCAGUCACUGGUAUCCGCAGUGGUGGCAUGGAAGUUCCCUCUUCAGACAGCGAUACCAGCAGCAAUGGUGCUCUUUGUAGGAGCAUGGAGUGAUAAAUAUAAAAAAAGAAAAAUAUGUAUUUUAUUCCCAUUUAUUGGAGAGAUUAUUUGCAACAUUGGUCUAUUGUUCGCGACAUAUUUCUUCAAAGAAUUGUCGCUGACAGCGACCGCUUUGAUCGAAGCGUUGCCUGCGGCCUUUACUGGCGGCUACAUCAUCAUAUUUAUGGGAAUGUUCAGUUUUAUGGCCGAUAGAACUACGAUAGAAAAUAGAACAUUCCGCUUGGGACUCGUAACAAUAUGUGUGACGGCGGGAACCCCGACCGGGACAGCUUUAAGUGGUAUAUUAUUGCGUGCAAUGGGGUAUUAUGGUGUGUUUUCAUUGUUGUUGGUGCUGUACACCAUAUCGUUUGUGUAUGGUUUGUUCAGACUUGAAGAUGUAGUGCUCCCUGAUGAGGAGAAGAGUUUUAAUGAUGUUGAGAAGAGUAAACAGAGGAACUUGUUGAAGGAAGUGUUUGAACUAGUCGGCAAUACUGUGAUGGUGGCGGUGAGGCCUCGUGCCUUAGGAGGUCGGGCGCAAAUAUUCUGUGUGCUACUACUGUACCUGCUUAUGGUUGGACCUCUUUACGGUGAUUCGCAAGUGGCGUAUCUCUACGUGAUUCGUAAAUUCGGGUUCACAGAAGUGGAAUACAGCGUUUAUGGUACCAUAAACAUUGUACUGGGUAUCUUUGGUACCUUAUUCUGCGUAUACAUACUUAGUCAAAGACUGAACGUUCAGGACAGUGCCAUUGGAGCUCUCGCGGCAACCAGCAGGAUAGCCAGCUGUUUCAUGUUCGCGUUUGCGCCCACAAGACCAUGGUACUACUCGGCGCCUAUCCUGAACAUCUUCAGUCACACCGGCCUGACUGCUAUCAGGUCCAUAGCCAGUAAAAGUGUUCCUACUGAAGAAGUUGCGAAACUGAAUGCAUUAAUAGGAGUGACGGAGGCUAUAGCCCCGUCGAUAUACAUGCCAUCAACGAGCUACAUCUACGUACAGACCAUCUCCUCAUUCCCUGGUGCCUUCUACAUGUUCGAUGCCGUCCUAACUGUAGUUGCUUUAGGAUUAUUCUCGGUCAUUUACAUACUGGUGAGGCGAAGGAUGCGAAUGACCGUCACGGAUCCACAGAAAAAAGAAGAAUUUGCGCGAACAAAUGAAGUUUCACGGUUUUAACCAAUGGCCAUUGUAAUGAUAAUUUAGGUAGUAAAACAAAAUGAUCUGAAUAUGAAACGAAGUAUUUAGAUUUUUGAGGAAAUAUUGCCAUAAAUUAGAUUUAAGAUGUUAGGACCUGCUACUUAAAGAAAGAUUCAACAAGGGAUUAUUGAGGUCUUAUUUUUAUAAUAACUAUCGCGAGACAUAGUAAACUUACGUAUAUUACGUUAUAUUUCGUUGGCUGCACGACGGCACUGCUCAUGAUGAAGAGACCCCUGUAACUCGAAACUAGUAGAGCUUUUCUACUUUUUUUCGUUAUUUUUUUUUUGAACAUUCCUCUGUAAUACCACUAAGUUGUGAUUGGUGUGUAGUAAUAGGCACACCUUCUAUUACAUGAACUCAAAUACGUCUGGUAGGUAGGUUGCAUUUAGAAUCAAUGUGAAUUUGUUUUAAAUUAACUUUAGUACUUUGCAUUUGAAUUAAAAGGCAAACUAAACGGUUUACUUCACCUAAUAUACGAGUCUUCUCAUAUAUUAGUAAAAGACUGAAAUUAUAAGUAAUAUCUUUAAAGUAACAUUGGAGUAAAAUCUACUGAUUUGUAUUUGAAUAAAGAAUAUUUCCAUUUAGGUAUGUACUUAACAAUGUUAAGAUUAAACUUAGUAUGCAAUUUUACACAAAAACAUCUCAACAAACAGGUUAUUAGUCAUACGUAGUUAUACUUAUAUUAAAUGUGGGAGAGCCAUGCUUCAGCACAAAUGGGCCGGCUCGUCCGGAAUGAUACCACGGCCUCACAGAAAACCGACGUGACACAACGCUUGCGUUGUGUGAGUGAGGUUACCGGAGGUCCAAUUACCCCCCUUCUCAAGCGUCCCAAUCUCCGAUUCCCCAACAACCCUUAAAUUCCUAACCCUAAAACGCAACGCACUUGUAACGCCUAUGGUCUUUCGGGUGUCCAUGGGUGUGGCGAUUGCUUACCAUCAGGUGAUCCGUCUACCCGUUCACGUUAUUUUCAAUCAAAUGGGUGUUACAUUGUGUAUUAGCAUAUCUGCAUGUCCACCACUUUGCGGAGUAAAAGGUGUAACAUUAAGUUCUAAUUAUCUUCCUUCAGUAACCCUAAUACGAGUUUAGUUUACUUUUGCGCUCUGAUUGGCUGACUCUAACAAACCAACCAAUCAGAGCACUGAACUCCCUCUCGUUUCGGUACUGAUUAGUUGUUUGGAAGAUACAUACGAUGCAAAAACAGUGCUAUUACAAGACUGGCAACUAUUACUUCUCACGACUAAAGAAAGACGGAUUUAAAUAUGUAUCAUACGAAUAAUGUAAAAACCCCAGUGCAAUUUUUUUUUGUAUACAAUUGUAUUGUAAAUAAGCUAUGACUGUACUUUAUUACGUUGUACAUAUAUUGUUAUUAUUAAACAAUUUUUAUGAAAGAAAAUGUAAGGAAUAUACGUUUUGUUAUCUUGUA